GCGAAGUGGUUACGUUAGCGAUAAACCACUUCUUGAACCUGACCAUGGAUUGGUUCCCGACAUUGUCUGAUAUAAAUGGUGGCCCAUCGGAGUAUGUUCCCCCAACAAACCGACUCCUUCAUCGAGUUCUCUCAGCACUAGCUACUUCGAAGACAUUCAUCCUCCAUCUUACAAUCUCCUACAAAACCCUGUACUAGGAUGUCUUCCAUUAACGCAACCGCUGGUCCUUCUACCAUUCCUGCCACACUGCCCGCGGCAGUAACCCAUGACUCCUACGAGUGUUCAAGUCCUCUCAGCCCACUUGAUGCCUUUUUCGGUUAUACAUUCUCCCAAACAGCGACCAGAGAAAGUCAACACGACCGUCCUCUGAGUUCGUCAUCAUUCACAUCCGAAUCAGAGCUAUUGCCACCGGCAUAUGUCGAGCCACCUGCAUACGAGACUCGCCAGACAGAGCCAGCAACGUUGGCCAUGUUUCUGUUCAAGUUUGGGUUCCUGUUCCCGCCCUUCUGGAUAAUGGGCGCCCUCAUUCUUUUGACUCCGUUGCGAGCACCAGAGCCUUCAUCCUCCUCAUCAUCAUCUUCGCUUCCAGCUGCAUGGCUACCCGAAAAAACCCCCGCAGAGAAACAGCAGAUCGUCUCCAGAAUGCGCUCUGUUGAAGUUAAAUGGGCCCGGAGAUGCCUUACUGCACUCUGCAUCCUCAUUGCCUCCGUUGUUGCUAUUGUUGCGACUACAUGGGGCAUUCUCAAAGUCACUCGAGCAUCGCAAUCAUAACUUGAUCACCUUUGAUCACCUUCCUCAUUCCCUAAAUUAUGCCACCUUCUAUCACCCGAGUCGAUGAAUCUCAACUCCCCACAAAUAUAUGAUUUAUGAUAUUUACACGAGCCUCUUUCACAAACGAUAUGUACUCCAAUCAGGCAAUUGGACUCCUUCCUUCUUUUGUUGCUAUCCUGCUGUCUUGCUCUCCUUGUCCUCUUAUGUAGCCUGUAGUCACGCACUGUAUUUUUAGUAUAUUACGAUUCAACCAAGAUUCAACACAACGAUCUUCGCAUUUAUGAAAAGCUAUGAAAAGCCGCUUGAAGAAAAUUUGAAUUGAUGCAUACAUAAAU